CCCCGGACCCUCUUCUCCGCGCCCCGGUCCGCUCUCUUGUUACCGGUGCCACCGGCUCCCGGGGGACACCCAGAGGCGCUCGUCCCGCCACCACCCGCGACCACGGGGGUAGCCCGGGGCCGUUCCGGAGUCGCCCGGACCCGAGAGGCUGCUGCACCGGGCCUCAGCCACCCCUCCGGAUGCUGGUGCUGCCCUCCGCAGAGGCCAUGGAGGCCCGGCCCUCUCGGACAGGCAGGUCUCCAGAACCCGGACCUUCCUCCUCCACAGGACCUCCCCAGACUUCCUCGUCUCCGAGGCCCAACCACUACCUGCUUAUUGACACCCAGGGCAUCCCAUACACCGUGCUGGUGGACCAGGAGUCUCAGAGAGAGCCUGGGGCAGAUGGGGCAUCAGCUCAGAAAAAGUGCUACAGCUGCCCUGUGUGCUCCCGGGUCUUCGAGUACAUGUCCUACCUGCAGCGGCACAGCAUCACCCACUCAGAGGUGAAGCCCUUCGAGUGUGACACCUGUGGGAAGGCAUUCAAGCGGGCCAGCCACCUGGCUCGGCACCACUCCAUCCACCGGGCUGGCGGUGGGCGACCCCAUGGCUGUCCGCUCUGCCCUCGCCGCUUCCGUGAGGCGGGUGAGCUGGCCCAGCACAGCCGGGUCCACUCUGGAGAGCGCCCAUUUCAGUGCCCCCACUGCCCACGCCGAUUUAUGGAGCAGAACACGCUGCAAAAGCAUACUCGGUGGAAGCAUCCAUGAGCCAGGCUGCAGGGUACCCCAGGUACCAUGGGGUUCUGGGGGGAGCCUGGACUCCUGUCGCCCUCAGACACCUGGCCAGUGCCGAAGGCUGGGUUGCAGCCCUGGACACAGACACACCUCCUGCAAAGGCCAAGCCCUACCUGAAGGAGGAGCUCAUGAGUAGCCUUCGUGUUUUGGAGAUAAGAUGGAGACAAGACCUUAACAUUCACAGAGUGGAGCCCUCCAGCCUCCGGCUGAGCCCUGACUGGAGGUGUGGGGGAGAGUGCUAUGGGUGGAAGUUCUCCAGCCUGAAAAAUGGGGUUGGGAGCCAUCAAGAAUCUGCACCAGCUUCCCGAGGCCUCCAUGUUGAUGCUGGGGGACGGGGCCCCGGACCUGCCUCCCAGCCCCCAGAUAGGGCCUGAGACUGGACACCCAAUAAACACCUUUCCCAUUUUGAGCACUUGAGAUUUGUUUUUGGGGACAGCGGCUUGGCCAGCCUGCUGCCCAACAGGGAGAUUCAGCAAGUGCCUGGCCCACCUCUUUUUGGGCAGAAGAACAAAUCAGCCAUUUCUUCUCCCCAGAGAGGGAAAGAGCUUCCCACUGUCUGACCUCAAAUAAUAGGAACAGCGCCCUGAUCUUGAGCUUAGACUAUGGCCAGGUGUUGCGCUGAGCACCUUGCAUGGGUCAUACCAGUGCAAAAUUCGUGGCUUGCCUGGCAUGGGAUGGGAAGGUUGGCCUUCUGCACUGGGGUGCACUGGGGUCAAUCCUAGCGUGGCUCCUCACAAGGUGCAUCAUCUAGGCAGAGUGUUUUUAAACACACUCCACCCCACCCCCCUUUUAAAGACAGGAUCUAUUGUACGAGA